AUGGCUACUCAUAGAGAAGGGGUCAAUCCCUUGAGACCAUACUACAAACCGCCGACCAUAGGAGAGCCUCCUGACCCGACGUCUGCGUCAUCCGCGCCCAAUCCUUUUGCCCGCCAUGCAGGCAAUGCGACGAGCGAGCGGUACGCGUCAAAGGCACGCGACAUCUUCUCUGACAUCGACUACAAGGACUACAUCAGCGAGCCGUCCCCUUCUGUCGUCCAAACCGUCAAGGACCUCGUUGACGAGCUGCUAUGGAAGUACACAUCGGUAUUGAUGGCCCAGCCGUUCGAGGUUGCAAAGACGGUUUUGCAGGUCCGGAGCCAUGACGACGUAACGUUGGCGGCACCGGCUUCGGCAGCAGCGACGCCCUUGGCGACACCCGUCUCGGAGCGGUUGCAGUCCCAGUACGGGAGUGCGGUAUACAGUGAAGCCGAUUCCGACUCGGAUCUCGAUGAGCCCGCCUACUUCACCUCAAAUGCUCCGAGCACGCCAACUCCGUCGUUUCCCAGGGAGCAUCGAAACCGCCAGUCCCCUUCCCCUAUCCACACGCCGGCUGCGAAGCAGCCCGUGCCGCCUCACCAACUCACCAUUCGGCGGCCCGAUUCGUUGAUGGAAGUUAUUGGCCAGCUCUGGCAAAAGGAAGGCGCCUGGGGUGUGUGGAAGGGAUCGAAUGCGACCUUCCUCUACUCGGUCCUCUCGUCAGUGUUGGAAAACUGGUCGAGAAGUGCCCUGAGUGCACUGUUCAAUGUGCCGGACCUGGGCGUCAAGGAAGAUAUUGACCGACUGAUUGAUAUCGCCUCGCCCUACCCUUGGGCCUCUUUGUGCGUUGCCGCAGCUGCGGCCGUUGCAACGGGCCUCAUUCUCGCACCUCUGGAUCUAGUGCGCACAAGACUACUCGUUACACCCACUUCGAAACAGCCAAGGAGGACAUUGUCGACCCUCCGAGCUCUUCCCUCCUACGUCUGUCCCUCGCUGCUUGUUGUUCCUACCGUCCUUCACUCGCUUAUCCACCCUAUUCUCACACUGUCAACACCACUGGUUCUCCGUACUAGGUUCCUUAUCGACAGUCGGGUGUCGCCCACCACCUUCUCGGUUGCCAAAUUCUGCGCUUCCUCAGUGGCACUCUUCGUCAAGCUCCCGCUGGAGACCGUCCUCCGACGUGGCCAGGUCGCCGUCCUUUCUUCCCCCUCGCAUGUCCGCGCCCUCACAGGCAAAGACCAGAAGAUGGAGACCAUCGUGCCGCCAGGUCGUUACCACGGUGUCAUGGGUACCAUGUUCUACAUCAUGAACGAGGAGGGGUCUCGCGCCAUUGCAACAAAGCCCGCGCCGGCCAAGAAGGGCAAGGCCAAGACCAAGGUCGCAGAAACAGUCCACCGCAAGGGUCAGGGACUGGACGGUCUAUGGCGUGGCUGGAAGGUCAGCUGGUGGGGUCUGGUUGGACUCUGGACAGCGGGCGUUAUCGGCAACAGUGCCGAGGGCGAGUUCUAG